AUGUGUGACACGUGGCUGUUGGCAGAGUGUGACUGGUGUGAUGCUGGUGUGUUGGACCCUGGACUUAGACCUGGUGUGUUGGACCCUGGACUUAGACCUGGUGUGAUGGACCCUGGACUUAGACCUGGUGUGUUGGACCCUGGACUUAGACCUGGUGUGAUGGACCCUGGACUUAGACCUGGUGUGUUGGACCCUGGACUUAGACCUGACCUGGUGUGUUGGACCCUGGACUUAGACCUGGUGUGUUGGUCCCUGGACUUAGACCAGGUGUGUUGGUCCCUGGACUUAGACCAGGUGUGUUGGACCCUGGACUUGGACCUGGUGUGUUGGGACCCUGGACUUAGACCUGGUGUGUUGGACCCUGGACUUAGACCUGACCUGGUGUGUUGGACCCUGGACUUAGACCUGUUGUGUUGGACCCUGGACUUAGACCUGGUGUGUUGGUCCCUGGACUUAGACCUGGUGUGUUGGACCCUGGACUUAGACCUGGUGUGUUGGACCCUGGACUUAGACCUGGUGUGUUGGUCCUUGGACUUAGACCAGGUGUGUUGGUCCCUGGACUUAGACCUGGUGUGUUGGUCCCUGGACUUAGACCAGGUGUGUUGGUCCCUGGACUUAGACCUGGUGUGUUGGUCCCUGGACUUAGACCAGGUGUGUUGGACCCUGGACUUGGACCUGGUGUGUUGGACCCUGGACUUAGACCUGGUGUGUUGGACCCUGGACUUAGACCUGGUGUGUUGGUCCCUGGACUUAGACCAGGUGUGUUGGUCCCUGGACUUAGACCUGGUGUGUUGGACCCUGGACUUAGACCUGGUGUGUUGGUCCCUGGACUUAGACCUGGUGUGUUGGACCCUGGACUUAGACCUGUUGUGUUGGACCCUGGACUUAGACCUGGUGUGUUGGUCCCUGGACUUAGACCUGGUGUGUUGGACCCUGGACUUAGACCUGGUGUGUUGGACCCUGGACUUAGACCUGGUGUGUUGGACCCUGGACUUAGACCUGGUGUGUUGGACCCUGGACUUAGACCUGGUGUGUUGGACCCUGGACUUAGACCUGGUGUGUUGGACCCUGGACUUAGACCUGGUGUGA